AUGUUUUGCUUUAUUACUCAUCGGACAUCAAUCUCGUCGGUAAAUACACUUGAGAAAACUACGAUUUUUCCAGAUGAAACAACUACUGAAUAUAUACGUUACAUCGAAUCAACAUCAGAAAAGACAACUGCAGAGGAUGUCACAACACUAGUAGUUGGAACUAGUGUUAAAACGAACACUGGUUUCACAACAUUAACCACUGCUGAAACUACAUCAACGUCAUUACCAGAACACACAUCUGAAGGAACCACAAGUGUUACAGAGAAAACUACCGUUCUAACCACUGCUGAGAUCGCAUCAACCUCGUUACAAGACACAUCUGAAGGAAGUACAAGUAUUACAGAAAUAAUGACCAUCGUAACCACUUCUGAAGUUACAUCAACGUUACCAGAAGACACAUCUGAACGAAGUACAAGUGUUACAGAUGAAGGUACUAUCACAACCACCAGAGAAAUCGUGUCGACAUUACCAGAAAACACAUCUGAACGAAGCACAAGUGUUACAGAGGAAACUACUAUCGUAACCACUGCUGAAGUUACACCAACAUUACCAGAAGACACAUCUGAGCGACGUACAAGUGUUACAGAGAAAACUACCGUUCCGACCACUGCUGAAAUCGCAUCAACCUCGUUACAGGACACAUCUGAAGAAAGUACAAGUCUUACAGAGGAAACUACCAUCGUAACCACUUCUGAAAUUACAUCAACAUUACCAGAAUACACAUCUGAACAAAGUACAUAUGUUACAGACGACGGUACCAUUGCAACCACUAGUUAUCGUACAUCGAUUCCAGCAGAAACCAUAACUAGACUAAAUACAACGAUUACUGAUCAAGCUACUACUGAAUUUAGUAGUGAAAGUAGUAUAACAUUAACAGUAACCAAACCCACGCAGACUUCAUUCUACACAGAUCAAACCAUGUUUGAAACUGUAACUGACGUCAUUUCAGGUGCAAGUGAAACAAUAUCCGUUACCAUUAUAAAUGUUUCCAAUGAAACAACGGUUGAAUGGUCGACCGGUACUGCAUUAAGUACAAUUGUCACAGAACAAGAACGAACUACAAUUUUUCGAGAUGAAUCAUCUAUUCUUACGAGCAGUCAGAGCUCAUUAAGCUUAGCAACAAUGACUGGGGAGACAACCUCACUUUUUACACAUGAAACAGUCACUACUACCUAUCCUAUAAAUAAUUCGGAAUCAAUAUCAACCCUUACUACAGCGAAAGAAACAAGCACUGAAAUCGAUGGCACUACUGUUAUAUUGACUGGUAGUGAUGUUUCAGUGAAUUCAACAGACACAACAACUGAUUCAACUGAUUAUUUUAGAGGUUCAACAAUUUCCAUUGGAGAAACUUUUGAUAUCUCCUUAACUACGAGUUUAUUUACGACUGAAGAAACUAGUAAAGUUACAAGUUUGAAUCCUACCACGACACCUAUUGAAACUAAUUGUUUUUCGUCGACUAUUAGCGUAACAUAUAAUAGCACAUUUUGCAGUAACGUAUCGUUAAUACCGUGGACUGAUUGUAACUGCACGUUGCGAACCGUUGCACAAGUAAGAUAUAUGUUAGAUUUAUUAUUCUUGAUGUAA